UUCACCACACGGUCGUCGUUUUUUGUUGUUGUUGUUGUUGUUGUUGUUAAAACUGAACAUUAUUUUAAGCAGUAUUUUAAUGUGUAUGUUUGUUUAUUACUCACUGGGCGAGUGUCGCUUUGUUUUACAACUCAGGGAGACCGGCUGAUGCGCGACAGUUGUUCCGCCACACUUUACGGCAGCGCACGGCGCUCGGCUGCAGUCAACUUUAUCAGCAGGUGUUUUUCUUGUCAUGCGCAUUGGACUUCCCCGCGUAGAGGCGCUGCCAGGUGGAUCAACCCUAGCUUGGCUUCUGACGCUGCUCCUGAGUGUGUUUAUGUUCCAGCUGCUGAGGACUGUCGGACUGAGGGCCUUCUCCAUGGCUUCUGAGACGUACACGUCGGGCACGCACUCGGCCGCCUUUGUCACCUGCCCCAACGACACCGUGGCCAAAGACCUGGCCAGAGGUAUCGUGCAGCAGAAGCUGGCCGCCUGUGUCAACAUCGUGCCUGCAAUCACAUCCAUAUACGAAUGGCAGGGGGAGAUCCAGGAGGACAGCGAGGUUCUGCUGAUGAUUAAAACUAGAAGCUCCAAGGUUCCCGCUCUCACCAAUUAUGUCCGGAAGAACCAUCCCUACGAGGUGGCCGAGGUCAUCAGCCUGCCCGUCGACCAGGGCAACCCUCCCUACCUCAAGUGGAUCGGAGACACUGUGCCGGAAUAAGGAUCGAUGAGGGAUGAGGCUGGGUGAUUAUGCAAAUUAUGACAUCACAAUCCAUCAGUCUUGAGGUGAAAUAACUUUAGGACAACGCACCUUUCGCUCAUUUUUUCCUGUGUUACUCUUCUCAACUGGUUGGGCUGCAGGCGCCACCAUGAAUAUUUCUUAUUAAUCGUAAUGAUUAUAGUGAACCGCUAAUACAAAUCACAACUUCAGUAUGUCGUCAAAGUUGAAAAAUUGUCAAAAAGUUCAAUAUUCACGCUGGAAAAAUGAAAUGCAAAAAACUUCCUGAGUCUUGCAUUGUUUUUUUGUUUUAAAAAAAAAAUUAAACUCCUGGAAUCACAUAACUUGCGCAAUAUUUUCAUUUAUCGAGAUGAUUGUAUCGCAAACAACUCUUUGUUCACUGAAAAGUAGGGAUGGGUACUGUUCACUCUUGAAGCGAUACGGUACCAACCUGGGAAUCGAUAACAGUACCCAUUUUUUGGUACUUUUGUGAGUGUUAAUAAAUAACAAUUGUUUUUGAUAACGAAAUCCCAUUUUUUAUUGCAACAUUUAAAGGCCUACUGAAAUGAUUUUUUUUUAUUUAAACGGGAGUAGCAGAUCCAUUCUAUGUGUCAUACUUGAUCAUUUUGCGAUAUUGCCAUAUUUUUGCUGAAAGGAUUUAGUAGAGAAAAUCGACGAUAAAGUUCGCAACUUUUGCUCGCUGAUAAAAAAAGCCUUGCCUGUACCGGAAGUAGCGUGACGUCACAGGAGCUAGUAUUCCUCACAAUUCCCCAUUGUCAAGUCAAGUCAAGUCAAGUCAACUUUAUUUAUAUAGCACAUUUUCAACAACUUUUUAGAUUGCACCAAAGUGCUUUACAGGUUAAAAAAGCAUGGAGCAAAAAAAAAAAAAAACCAACAACAAAAAAAAAAACAA